UAAAAUGCGUGAAAUCUUCAGUUGGUGCUACAAGUAUUUUCAAUUUCUAUUUACGCAUUUGUUAUGACUUCAUGCCGUGUUGGGGAAAUGUUAUUGCCCGAAUCCGUGUUAGUAUAGUGGUGAGUAUCCCCGCCUGUCACGCGGGAGACCGGGGUUCGAUUCCCCGACACGGAGGCAAUGUUUUUGGAGAUGGAUUAUGAACUUUUGCUAUGACCUAUAUGUGGUAGGAUGUGGUGAUCAUACGCGUUUUAGAUAUCCUGAUGAGAUUUUAAAAAAUCUCUUCAACUUUACCAAUCGUAAGUAUAGUGGCCGUGUAAGUAUAGUGGCGUGUAUCCACGCGGAAGCCCGGGGUUCGCGAUUGCCGAGACGGAAGUAAUACCAUUUUUAUUGCUCACGUAGUUAUACCGGUUGAACAACACAAGUUGUAGACAAAGAUUCCCUCAUUUGAAUGUUCUUGUGCCAUUGCAAUUGAUCCAUGAAGGUUCGAUUUUUGUCUUUUAUGUGAAAUAUACCAAAACGUACUGACACAAUUUCACAACACAUUUUCUACAAAUUACGGAGUCUCAUUCAAGGCAGUGUCUGGUUUAGAGCAAUGCUCCAGUGCGUACGUGGACAUGGUGAUGUCAUUUUGCCCCACUGUUAUCAUCCCAAUCCGUGUUAGUAUAGUGGUGAGUAUCCCCGCCUGUCACGCGGGAGACCGGGGUUCGAUUCCCCGACACGGAGGUUACAUUUUGUCACUCGGUUCACUCUAGACAAGAUGCUGCACCAAUGUUUGCGAUUUUGUUUUCUCAUAAAUGUACGCUCAUGACAUUUCAUGACGUUUAUUUACUAUUAUCGGUGGUUUUAUUCGGUGGUUAUAGCAAAGGACCAGGCGUUAUGACACCAUAUACACCUCGGGGCGGGUCAUUAACCCUUAAUUGGUAACUUGUAACUUUGUAGCCAAUGGCAGCCAUGUUUAAUUCAAACAUACUUAUCAAUGAUUUGGUAAAGUCAACACUGGGCCAGAUCACAACUAGCAACUGACCGUUUCGGCAACGACUAGUUCCCAGAACGAAUUGCCUCCCUCAAAGUUUACCAUUACCUGUAAGUCAUAAUGAAGGCGAUAAUCAUUACAUUUGCCAUUUCUAUCCUUUCUAUGGGGUAUGGCGUUCCAAACGACAUCCUGCGGACCCAAGACGACGCGACAGGGGCGCCCUCAUGCUCCUGUGACGACAUCGGGAGGCUGGAGCUUGUGAUCAACGACCUCACCCACACCGUGAAUACCCUAGCAGACCGUCUGUCCCAGAUGGAGACCACCGUCGUGGACACUCAAGCCCUGGCUAGCCUGGACCACGCUCUCGGUACCGAGCUCAACCCCGCCUCCUCCUGUCUUCUCAUCAAACAAAACAACCCCUCCAGCCAGGACGGUGCCUACUUCCUUAUCGGGAAGGACGGGGCCAUCUACCAGACCUACUGCGACAUGACCACGGCCGGAGGCGGCUGGACGCUGGUCUCCAGCGUGCACGAGGACGACCUGUAUGGGAAGUGUACGGCCGGGGAUCGCUGGACCAGUACCCGAGGGAACAACGUCAACUACCCCGGAGGAGAUGGCAACUGGGCCAACGUGCACACCUUCGGCUCCAUGGGGUCAGCCACUACCGACGACUACAAGAACCCAGGCUACUUCAGCAUCCACGCCUCCAACGUCAUGUUGUGGCACGUACCGAACAACGUGCCGCCAAAAGAGUACAAAACCGCCGCCUACCUACGGUACCGCACAUCCACCGGUUUCCUGGAUAGCUACGGAGGCAAUCUGUACUCCCUCUUCAAAGACCACUUCCCCAUUGCUUACGGACUGGGCACGUACACCCACGACAACGGUCCUGCCAUCCCCAUCGUGUACGACCUGGGUAACGACACCCUAGUGGAGUCACUGUUGCCUCCGAACGCCGUUACCCGCAAUGAAGCCGUUCCCGGGUUCGUGCAGUUUCGGGUGUUCACCAACACUCGUUCUUGCACUGCGGUUUGUCCAGGUGUCAACUACGUUGGCCCCAACGCCGAGACCGUGUGUAUCGGUGGAGGUGGAUACUGGGCGGAGGGUCUGUCUCAGUGCGGCGACUACUUGUGGAAGGCCUUCAGCGGCUAUGGUACAGGUAUCGGCUGGAGCUCGACCCGGCUGGUCACGGAGUCCGUCGUCAUGUUCUUUUACCGCGACAUAAUCAGGAACCUUACAAACACCGUGAACACGCUAGCAGACCGUCUGUCGCAGAUGGAGACCACCGUCGUGGUCACCCAAACCCUGGCUAGCCUGGACCACGGUCUCGGUACCGAGCUCAAUCCCGCCUCCUCCUGCCUUCUCAUCAAACAGAACAACCCCUCCAGCCAGGACGGUGCCUACUUCCUUAUCGGGAAGGACGGAACCAUCUACCAGACCUACUGCGAUAUGACCACGGCCGGAGGCGGCUGGACGCUGGUCUCCAGCGUGCACGAGGACGACAUGUACGGCAAGUGUACGGCCGGGGAUCGCUGGUCCAGCACCCGCGGGAACAACAUCAACUACCCCGGUGGAGAUGGCAACUGGGCCAACGUGCACACCUUCGGCUCCAUGGGGUCGGCCACUACCGACGACUACAAGAACCCAGGCUACUUCAGCAUCAGCGCCUCCAACGUCAUGCUGUGGCACGUACCGAACAACAUGCCGGCAAAAGAGUACAAAACCGCCGCCUACCUACGGUACCGCACCUCCGACGGUUUCCUGGAUAGCUACGGAGGCAGCCUGUAUUCGCUGUUCAAAGAUCACUUCCCCAUUGGCUACAACUUGGGCACGUACACUCACGACAACGGUCCGGCCAUCCCCAUUGUGUACGACCUGGGUGACAAUGCUUUUGUUGAGUCCCUGUUGCCUCCGGAAAUUGUUUCACAUAAUGAAGCCGUCCCCGGGUUCGUGCAGUUUCGGGUGUUCACCAACAGAGGAGCGUGCCUGUCUGUUUGUCCAGGAGUCAACUUCGUAGGUAUCAACGCAGAGCACGUGUGUAUCGGCGGUGGAUAUGACCCACACUCCGGCGGUAGGCAAUGUGGUGACUACGCGUCGAAAGACUGGGAUGGCUACGGCACGGGCAACGGCAUGAGUUCUACUCAGCUUGUCACGGAGUCCGUCAUCAUGUUCUUCUACCGCUAAGAACUGGUGGGUAAUGUAGGGCAAUAUGAAGGGCAAUAUGUAGGGCAUACCGGCAACAAGCACUUGCAUCACACUGUUUUUAAUUCCCUAGUCAUCGGUAUACUAGUCUUCCUAUGCAGUUUGUUGAACUGUUGAGCUUAUCAUUAGAUUGUGAAGCUAAACAUUUCUUUGUAAAGAAGCAGUCAUUGCUUCAUCGACCAUUCAAACAGGUUGAUGGCUUAGUAUACUUACAAUCAUGAUUACCUGUUACACCAUACAUGGACAUAUAUACAUCAAUAGUCCAAAUAAUGUUAAGAUGAUAACGAAAAUGUUGUAACAACCUUCAAUAAAACGACAAUUCAGUUAAAAUUCAA